CAAAAUGUUAAGUGCUUGCCAUACGCAAUUACUUAUAAACGUUAUAAUUAUGAAAUUGAACGAAUCAAAUUGCGAACAAUUUUUUGUAUCAUGUGCGUUACAUGGUGGCAGACGAAAAUCUUUCCAAGCUUUUUAUUGGCGUUCACAAAUUGGAACGGGCCAAUCAGAGGUGGCACUAAUAGUAACUGUGAUAUUUUGAACCAGCGUCAACUUCAGUUGCUCUGGAUGGCCCAAAAGGAAAUUGUAGUAACGUACUAGUGGCAUAAGAAUUCCAUAAAUGAGAAAUCUCAACGUACCAGAGCAAAAAGAAUAGCUAUCAACUACUGCAGGGGAACACCAGAAUUUUGUAAUUUUAAUCAUUUAUGAGUAUGGCACCACCAAAAGUUCUAAAUGCACAAAACAAACAACAGAGUAAUACCAAUGCGACUAAGAAGAAAGGAAUAACAACAAGAAGCCAAAAUUCAGUAAUAAGUAAUGUAUUACUUAAACAGCCCAUUCCUGGGAAGGAUCCCCGUUUUAAAAGAAAGGCCGAGGCAUCCCCGCCGAAGGAAAAAACAACAAAGAGAUCUGCAUUAGGGAAUAUUACUAAUGCCAUUGGGAAGACAUUGGGGACACAUUCACAUGAACCAAAGAAAGGUAUUAAAAAAGCAGUCGUCACUCAGGUAAAACCCUUCGUUCAGACAAGUUCUGUUAGAACGCUUGACAAACCUUCGUCGAAACUCGAGGUCGUACCUACAAAACCAAAGCCGACAACGCUGCGCGCGAAACCAGUAAAAAAAGAUGACGAGAAAAUCGAAAUGCCUAGUAAAAUUGUAUGUAUAAGACGUAGUUUAGACUUAGAAAAAUCAGAGGAUAGCUCUUUAUAUGUAAGCGCGUUAGAGGAUGUGGUAGAUGACGGUGAAAAGAAAUCUCGGAGCGGCAAUAUUCAGUCCGAGGAAACUGAAAAAACGGAGAGUAAAAAUGAAACUAGCGAACCUUCGGUGUCUACGAAAGUUGAAGAGAAAUCGAUUGCUGCCCGUUUGAAUGCCGCGCCUGAGAGAAUAUUGCCCGAGGGAGUUCAAUGGGAUUUCGAUGUGGAGAAUUGGUUGGAUCCGUUUCAGAUCUCUCACUAUGCAAUGGAUAUUUUCAAUUAUUUAAAGGAUCGAGAACGUUUUUUUCUUGUUGGAAACUACAUGGAGAAACAAGUAUGCCUAUCACAGUGGAUGAGGGCCCUACUAAUCGACUGGAUGGUAGAGGUUCAAGAAUCUUUUGAAUUGAAUCACGAAACUUUGUAUCUAGCUGUGAAACUAGUUGACUUAUACUUGACAAAAGUAACAGUUGGAAAAGAAACAUUACAAUUGUUAGGUGCUGCAAGCCUAUUUAUAGCAAGUAAAUAUGAUGAAAGAAUACCUCCGAUGAUAGAAGAUUUUUUGUAUAUAUGUGAUGGCGCUUACACGCAAAGAGAAUUAAUUAGGAUGGAAAUGAGUGUUUUAAAAGUAGUCGAUUUCGAUCUUGGUAUACCUCUAUCUUAUAGGUUUCUUAGACGAUACGCUAGGUGCGCAAAAGUUUCGAUGCCGACGUUAACUUUAGCCAGAUAUAUUUUGGAGUAUUCUUUGAUGGAUUAUACGACGAUAAUGUUUAGUGAUAGUAAAAUUGCCGCCGCUGCGCUCCUUCUAGCAUUGCAAAUGAAAGAUCUAGGGGGAUGGACACCGACCUUAGAAUAUUAUAGUGGUUACAAAGUCGAUGACAUAAGAGAUAUUAUAAAUGUUUUAAACCAAGGAUUACAUCGGAAGCACAAGGAAGCUCUGACUACCGUACGCAACAAAUACAGCCAUAAAAUAUUCUUCGAAGUAGCAAAGCUGCCAUUAAAAGAUACUUUAGAUAUAUAAAUAAUUUAAGAACAUAGGUAUUAGAAAACAUGGUUGACAAUAAUAUAUAGGAUGCCUGAUUAUUGUUAAGUAACCUAUAAUGAAAUUUAUAAUAAUUAAGAUGGUCGCCGAGCGUUAAAAUGUAAACCACAAUGAUCUUAAUUUCUUUAAUAAUGAAAAAUUUUAAUUAUCGAUUAGCCAUAAAGCAUAUGAAAUCAAAUGACUGCAGCUCAGUUCGAACAUUAUACACAAUUCAAAAGGACGAUAAAAUGCUGGAAUUUUUUUUGCUUUUUUUUUCUAGUUAUUUAUACAAUAUUGAUAAUCACUAUACUAUUCU